UAAUUAUGGUAAAAAUUUAACUCAGUUUUAAUUCGAGAUGACUUUAACUAGCAGGGAUAAGUUUGCAAUAUCGGAUUAGUACGGGGACUAAUCUCGCAUUUUACCCUAUUUAAAAGCGUGACCCCGCGGAAGUGGGAAUCGCAUUUCACGAACAACGCCUCGUAGAACCCAAUCGAAGAGAGAACGGAAGUAAGAGGUCGAGCGAAGGGGCGUACUCUGAAGCUUCUAGAAUCUCCCGAUCGAGAAAGAUAUUCGCGUUACAAACCCUAAUUACUCCGCUUUUCACGAAUUCUAGGGUUCGACACUCCUCUUGAUCAAAUGGAAAAUGUGAGUGCCCUUGCAGUAUAUGAUCUUUGAUCUUCCUUGUGAUGAUCUUCUGAUGAUAUAUGGGAGUGUUGCAGUACGAGAUACUGGGGAAGAUAGGAGAGGGGAUGUACAGUGUCGUGUUCAAGAUGCGGGAUAAGCGCAGGAACAAGAUCGUGGCCGCGAAGAAGAUCGAAUUUUACCGGGGGAUAGACGACGGAGUCCCCUGCACCGCGAUCAGAGAGAUCUCCUACUUGAAAGAACUGAACCACGAAAAUGUAGUUAAGUUGGAAGAAAUAGUCUAUGAGAAUAAUGAGAUGUGGUUAAUACUAGAGCAUAUGGACACGGACUUGAAGAAGUACAUGGCUUCUUUCUGGAAGCCUGCUGAAGAUCCACACUUUAUUAAAAAAUGUCUCUAUCAGAUUCUUAGUGGCCUUUUCUAUUGCCAUUCUCGUAGAAUUCUUCAUCGUGAUUUGAAACCUGCAAAUUUACUGAUAAAUCAGCAAAGUCAUGUUCUGAAGAUUGCAGACUUUGGACUAGGCAGGGAUUUUGAUAAUCCUUUCCGUAUAUUUACUCCUGGGAUGGUAAGUUUAAAUUACAGACCUCCAGAAAUCCUUCUCGGAUCCCUACAUCACACCGCAGCAGUUGAUAUUUGGUCUGUGGGUUGUAUUUUUGCUGAAAUGGUGAACCAUCAAGCUUUGUUCAAUGAAGACUGUGAAAUUGGUCUACUGUUUAAGAUUUUCCAAAUGCUAGGUACCCCAAAUGAAGAUACUUGGGAAGGGGUUAGUUCGUUACCUGACUACAAGGUUUCGUUCCCCCAGUGGCCUCCUAAGGAUCUAGCAUCGGUGGUCCCAAAUCUUGAACCAGCUGGUGUGGACCUUCUUUCUAGAAUGAUACGGUUGCCGCCAACUGAAAGAAUCUCUGCUCGAGAUGCGCUGGAACAUGAGUACUUCAAUGACCUCAAUUUUGCAUCGUGACUCUUAGCUCCCUUGGUAUAUAGUUCGGGUGAGACGGGCUUGUAUGAGCUUUCAUUCUUGAACUUGUAGGAAAAUUGUAUCUCCCCCUUCGCCUUUCCUUUGUUUAGCUUGCUCUAUAGGUAGCGUGAAAUCAUUUCCUAUUAAUCUAGAGAGAGAUCGCUAGUUAGUAUUGCUGUCUUUCAUGCUUAAAAGGUAGAGUGGCAUUACUGUUGUGAAUUUGACAACGAGCAGUAGUAAGCCUUAGUUUUUUUUCACAGUUGGGGUUCAUGCCCAAGUGUCGUAUCUUCUAUUUGAGAGUUAAAUCAUAUGUUAACUGUCAAGUGUACAAUACUGGCUUGUUGAAAAUAUCUCGCCCAUAUGUUUUGAGGUGCAUGUAGCUAACAAAUUAACUUGGAGGGGCAUGUUUUCACAUGCGACAACUCGAAUGCGGUUGGAGUCCAACCAAUCAGCAGUGUGGCAAUUGUGCCUUCGGUACAAUGAUUUUUA